AGCCUCCUCCGUGCCCAGCACUUCUCCGUGGGUUCUGGGAUUGCACUUGGACCCUCCUCCUUCCAAGGCAAACAGUUCACUCUGUGGCCUCCAUAUUAUAAAAUGUGUUCCAUCAGGUUUGUCGUCUACUUUUAAAAGAAACUCGCCGCCAGGUAGUCUGCCGGGUUUUGUUGCUCGGACACGUACCCUUCACGCCUCUGGUUGCCUCAUUUUCUCUGUGCUUGAUCUGAUCUUGUAUGGUCUUGUUCAUCACUCCAGGGGCAGUGAGCUAUAUCAUACACACAUCCAGAUAGCCUGGUGUGCAGCAGGCUAGACCACCUGGGUCUCUGUAACUGAAUUGGUGAACUCGAAUGUUUGUGGUGACAGAAUCAUUGCCCAUCUCUUGGGACAUCAAACCGGGCUCCUUGUCCUCUCACAGCUGAAGAUCCAGCAUUCUUGGUAGGAAAAUCCAAGUGUGGAAAUUAUAAGAAGUGUUGGAAAGAUGUCUUCUUUAAUAACGUUUGAAUCGCAGCCUAAAAUGCAAAGCUGUGUCCUCAGAAGUGAUGCCACAGAGGUGCUGGGCCAGGGCCACUAAUGCUGGUUUUGUUUAUUCUUUGUCUUUUCCAACAGGUUUUAAGGCUUCAAACAGGCUUGACUUUUGCUUGUCGCUUCUGCUGACCUGGACACAUUUUUUUUUUUUUUUUUUUUUUCUGGAGAAAGUUUGCUCUCCCCUUGCUAUUUGUGAACUUCCUCAGGGUGGAGAUCACUCGCGCUUUACAGAAAUUAUCUGCUCAGCAACCAUGCAUCAUUUAUAACAAUCUCUGGCAAAACCUCAGAAAAAGAUACGCUCUUGUCUCAUCAGGCAGAGCCCAGUGAAAACACCCCUCGGGUGGCCGUGGGGCGGCCUCGCGGAGCUUGCUUCUCCGAGGGAGUAUGACCCAGUUCGGAAGGAAGCGAGAGUCCCAAGUCAAACACGGUCCCUGGUGAAACCAGAGAGGGGCCUCGCUCCUGCAGGAUCGAGGGAAGCAGCUGGACUCCGGCGUCUCCACAGGACGGUGGAUCUCUUCUGUCCGUCUCGGGGAGAGGAAAUGGCCCAUGAAGUGGACCUGGAGUCCUUCAAGGAGUUGGAACGGGAGGUCAUUCUCGGGGUCCUCUACCGAGAUCAGGCUGUUCAAAGCAUGGAAGAGGAAAGGGUCCGGAAACUGAAAACACACUUGCAGCAUCUUCGGUGGAAAGGGGCAAAGAGCUCGAGCCGGGAAUACCGGGAGAAGUGCUGUGCACGCUGCCAGAGGGCCCUGGGCCUGGUGCUGAACCGCGGGGCCGUGUGCCAGGGCUGCAGCUACCGCGUGUGCUCCGAGUGCCGCAUAUUCCUGCGGAGGACUCGCACGUGGAAGUGCACAGUGUGCUUUGAAGACAGAAAUGUGAAAAUCAAAACUGGAGAAUGGUUCUUUGAGGAACGAGCUCGGAAAUUCCCAGCUGAAGGCAAGCACGAGACUGCGGGGGCGAAACUCCUGCAAUCUUAUCAGAGGCUGAGCAAAAUCUCUGUGGUCCCUCCUACGCCACCACCUCUCAGUGAGAGUCAGAGCCCCGGCAGCCCCGGCAGGUUACAGGAACUUGGUCAUUUCAGAGGAUUUAACAAGUCCGUGGAGAACUUGUUUCUGUCGGUCACCACCCAGAUGAAAAAGCUCUCCAAGUCCCAGAAUGACAUGACUUCUGAGAAGCAUCUUCUGGCUAUGGAUCCCAGGCAGUGUGUGGUCCACACGGAGAGGCGGAGCCAGUCGGACACAGCCGUCAACGUCACCUCCAGGAAGGUCUCCUCGCCUGAUAUUCUGAAAGCGUUCCAUCAAGAAGAUCCCAAAGACCCUCCCAGCCCUGUUUUGAAGCAAGACACUCUCCCAUCCAGUCCAGCACGCAGCACUGUCUUCUCUGGAGGCCAGAGACAUGGAAGCUUAAUUAGCAUUAACAGCACCUGCACAGAGGUGGGAAAUUUUGACAACGCCAACGUCACUGGAGAAAUAGAAUUUGCCAUUCACUACUGCUAUGAAAGCCGUUCUUUAGAAAUCCACAUCAAGACCUGUAAGAACCUGGCCUACGGAGAGGAGAAGAAGAGGAAGUGCAACCCGUAUGUCAAGACCUACCUGCUGCCGGACAAGUCCUCCCAGGGAAAACGCAAGACGCAAGUCCAGAAGAACACUCUGGACCCGACUUUCGAGGAAACCUUGAAGUAUCAGGUCGACCUCCCCCAGCUGGUGACCCGGAGGCUGCAGGUCUCUGUGUGGCACCUGGGCACCCUUGCCCGGAGGGUGUUCCUCGGAGAAGUGAUCCUUCCUCUGGCCACGUGGGACUUUGAGGACAGUUCAACACAGAAUGCAAGAUGGUAUCCACUUCGGGCCAAGGCUGAGAAACACGAAGAUAAUGUUCCUCAGAAUAAUGGAGAACUUGCUGUUCGGGCCAAGCUGGUCCUUCCUGCAGGGCCAAGAAAGCUCCAGGAGGCCCGAGAAGGCACAGGAGGUCAGUUAUCGCUUAAUGGUCAACUUUGUUUGGUUGUGCUAGGAGCCAAGAAUUUACCCGUGCGCUCAGAUGGUACCUUAAACUCAUUUGUUAAGGGCUGUCUCACUCUGCCAGACCAGCAAAAACUGCGUGUCAAGUCCCCAGUCCUGAAGAAGCAGGCCUGUCCCCAAUGGAAACAUUCCUUCGUGUUCAACGGUGUCAGCAGCUCCCAGCUGAGGCAGUCCAGCUUGGAGCUGACCGUCUGGGACCAGGCCAUCUUUGGGAUGAACGACCGCCUGCUUGGGGGAGCCAGGCUUGGUUCAAAGGGAGGUGCUGCGGGUGGUACCGACGCGUGUUCACAGUCCAAGCUUCAGUGGCAGAAAGUCCUGUCCAGCCCCAACUUAUGGACAGACAUGACCCUCGUCCUGCACUGAGGUUGAGGCCCGAGGUGACUGCCGACCCGCAGAGGUCGACGGGAUGUGAGAUCAUCGCAGAGUCAGACCCACCAGUCAUUGACUGCAGUUGUGGUGUGUGGCCAGAUAACAGAACCAAGACUGCUCCCUACCACAGCCAGGGGGAGGUUCCGGACUUGAGUGGGAAUGUCCCGAGUUCAAUAAACGCUCGGCAGCGGCCCACGGCUCCCAGCAUUUAUUAAC